UGCAGAAAUACCGCUUUACGAGCGCCUAUGGUGGAGCCGACAGACGGCGGGACUCGACGUACCGGUUGCUUCGCCGGCAGCCGAAUUCCUCUCUGUUGUUAUUCGUCGGCUCCUUGAUUUUGUUUCCUAAUCUUUUGUUUUACUUGACGCAACCUUUUAGUGCACACGGAAGCUUACGCACACCACGCUUGCAGAUAACAUGUCAUCUCUCGUGGAUACCUCGCUAACAUACCUGGUACGAGCAGCCACGGAAUUUGUACACUGCGCUGCCUCCGACCAACCGGAAUCGCAGACAUUGACGAGGCAUUUCUCUGACGAGUUCAAUAUUAUGGACCGACUACGCGCCGUCCGUUGUUGGGCUGCCCACUUGCCUCAGUCCGAUACCGACCGCGCUGAUUCUGCUAUGCUUCUGACGGACGUAAUCGCAAACUUAACUAAUCUCGCGGACUCCAUCCUUCUUUUAAUUUACAAAGACAACAACAUGUCCCCUCAUUGGCAAACGCUAUCGCUCUCCACACAGGCUGACACAUUGUUGAUGUUCUCAAUUUUACUCCAGUCACUGUCUAACGCGUUCAGUGCUCUUCGGUCUCUGAACCGGGUCCCAUCAGUACAUGAUAUUCGACGGAUUCUCACUGCUCUGCUCUGCUGUGGCAGGGGCAGUUUGUUGCUGUGCUCUGGAACUGAGCACCCACUCUAUGCGAAUCACGCGGUCCAUCUGUGGCGCUUAAAUAGCCACACCAGUUUCGCAUUGUUUGCAACCUUGAUCGCGUUUCAAAAUGCCUGCUCUUGUCCCGAAGAAAGUGACUUCACCUUUCUCUAUACCAGUUUGAUGCUUUCAGCGGACGUAUUCACCUCUUUAUGCGACGUCGCCACAGAUCACACUGUCUGUGAGGAUACCUUACUACAGGCCAGAAAGUUUCACUAUCAACUUCUGUUAAGCCAGUUGGCAAAAUUGCUCUAUAAAUUUCAUCCAACUAUCUCACCUACUUAUCCUACUGUUUCUGCCUCAGUUACGCGCAUAUGCGCUGUCACCGGGAUUGCAUUGUUCUUUCAACACGGUGCGGACGAAGAUGGCCCAUCAAGUUCUUCUCCUCUGGGAAAUGCUCGUGCAGUGUUUAGAACCGUUCGCCCCUGUUUACUGUUCUGGCGCCAUUUCGUGACGCCAUUGUCAUAUACCGAAAGAAGUCACACUAUACACACUAUGGUAUCGUUGUUGGAAACGGAGUACGACACGUGGUUUGUUGAAUUGUCUAAACAUUUUAGAGGAUCUCCUCACGAGCCCUCUAUGCUGUGUACUCAGUGCAUUUCGGAGUACGUUCUAUACCGUGGAUUGGUGCAUAUUUUAUCCGAUGUUGUAUUUUCUACCGACCGAUCCGACACGGUGACCGCUGAUAAUCCAUGUAGUGCAUCUCUCACACAGUCCAAAAUGUCAAACGGCAAUGGAACGAAUUUUGAUGGCGCUGUUGCUCGACAGAUUACUUUUCACAUAGACCCCGCAGUAGCUUCUCAGUUAUGGGAGAUAUUGUGCAACAUUCUUGUUUUGUUGGGUUUAGUCGAGGGCCACAUGGAUUCAACCACAAUGCCGGUGGAACCUUCUAGCAGGACGGCAUUCGGCGAGCCAUGUACUGUCAUUCCCUCACGGAUGUGUAAAAAUGAGCAACCUGUGUUGGACCCGACCUCACCUCUCUCGAUGUACCAAGCGGUUGGUUUCAAGCAGGAUUGCAUCCGAUGCAUGGCAGGCCUUCUUUCCCUAUUCCCGUCCCUCUCUUCCAAAUUGGCUUCCCAUCGCUUGGAUCGGUUCCCGCUGGAUCCACCUCCAUCAGUGUCCCAUUGUGCUUUCGACCAUCUUCUUAACGCUACAAAUCGCGAUUCGUUUAACCCAUUCUCUUGUGAGUGGGCUAUUUUCGCCACAAAGUUGGCCUUGCAUCCAGUGACUGAGACCCCUGAUGCCUUGGAAGGGGCUCUGUUGCUGGCCAAACGAAUGGAAGAUAUGAAACUGCUCCGAUAAUUGUUUCUGAAAUCUACCACUCUUUGUGAAUACAUGGCUAUUCUCGAUCUUGCCGAAAUACAAUCGCUACGUUUCCACCUCAUGCCUCGUUCCUCUAAACGCGCAGUUCAACCGUUUCUCGCAUUAGUUAUCUCCCACUUUUUCCUCCAUCCCUGCUUUCUUCAUUGGUGACUAAUAUUUGCUUCUUCGCGGGUAUCCUAC